UCUCAUUCAGCGAGUCGGCGGGCGUUGAGUUUGAGUGCGAAGUGCGGUGCGCGUCGAGUCAGCGAGCGUUGAGCAGCAGCAACAACACGGCGACAGCAGCAGCAGCAACAGCGGCAACACCACCAACUAGCAACUAGCAACACCAACGGCAGCAACACAAGCGAGCGGUUCCGGUUCGCGUUUUCGAGUGGCGUCUGAAACGGCGAAAAAAGCAUAGAGUAGCCCGAAAAAAAGAACCGUCGGAAAAACAGGGCCCCACAAAAAUGAAGCCCUUUCACUAAAAGUCCCCAAAUUGAAUCCUCCUCCCGUUUCGCUGGUCUCACAAUUUGGAAACGUGGCAUGGCAACCACCACGUCACCCGGCCCCACAAGGACAACCAAUAAAGUUUCCAUACCACUAGCAGCAACAUCCGGGAUUUCAGGGAGCGGCGAAUCCCCCGGAGCAAUCAUGCCCAUGGCCGCCGUGCCAUUGCCGUCGCAUCUGCAACUUUUGGGCAGUCCCGCCGGAGGCGUCGGCCAGCCGUCGGCAAUCACGCCCGUUUCCCCCACGGCAGCGGCCACAGUUCUUGCCCAGCCACACAGCUUGAGUCCCUCCACGCCCAUCCUGACCCAGGUGACGCCCCCAGCUCCGGCGAUGGGCGGCCUCUUCUGCGGAGGCAGUGCACCAGCGGGAGGACCAGGAGCUGCGGGGGCGGCGGCAGCGGCGGCGGCCACAAAUCUCAACGCCCUGGCCUCCCAGCAUCGACUACUGGAGCUGUCCCGCUUCGGACUAAGGGGAUAUGAUCUGGCCCAGCAUAUGCUAUCCCAACAAGGAGCUGUAUCCAAGCUGCUGGGUACCUUGCGACCACCGGGCCUAAUUGGCGGCUCCAAGCCCAAGGUGGCCACCCCGACUGUAGUCUCCAAGAUCGAGCAGUACAAGCGCGAGAAUCCGACGAUCUUCGCGUGGGAAAUCCGCGAGCGACUGAUCACCGAAGGUGUCUGCACUAAUGCCACGGCUCCCUCGGUGAGCAGCAUCAAUCGAAUAUUGCGGAACCGAGCUGCGGAAAGGGCUGCGGCAGAGUUUGCCCGGGCGGCGAGUUACGGCUAUGCCAUUCAUCCCACGCAUCCGCAUCCGUACACCAGCUUCCCCACGUGGCCGACGCAUCAUCCUCUUUGGGGAGCCGUCCCCAUGCCCGCCGCAGCUGGUGGAUCGCUGCAGCCAGGCGGAAGUGGCAGUAGUUACGGCAGCGACAAUGGCAACAUGAGCUCAAAUCCCAACAGCAGCAACAGCAACACCGCCAACAGCAACGGCAACAACACCACCAGCGGCAGUGCCUGCGGAGACAGCAGUGCGGGCAGUGGACGCCUCUCCUUGCCGGCACUUUCUCCGGAUUCAGGGAGCAGGGAUAGCCAUAGCCGCUCCCCGGACGCGGAAGCCAAUAGGAUGAUAGACAUCGAGGGCGAGGACAGUGAGUCGCAGGACAGCGACCAGCCGAAGUUCCGGCGCAACCGCACCACCUUCAGUCCGGAGCAGCUGGACGAGCUGGAGAAGGAGUUCGACAAGUCGCACUAUCCCUGUGUGAGCACCCGCGAGAAACUGGCCGGUCGGACGGCCUUGAGCGAGGCCAGGGUUCAGGUUUGGUUUUCCAACAGACGAGCGAAAUGGCGGCGCCACCAGCGGGUCAACUUGCUCAAGCAGCGCGACUCGCCCUCGACAUCGAGCUCACCCAGUCCGGUGGUUGCGGUGGCUCCAGUGGCUCCAGCUACAGUUCCAGCUGCCGAAUCUGGCCAGCAGAAGCAGCCAUAUCCAUACAGCCACAUCAAGAGUACAGGGAGCAGCAGCAGCAACAUCUGCAACAGCAGCAACAUGAGCAGCUGCAGCAGCAACCACGUGGCAGAGCCACCACCAGAGGCACUAGUGGUGCGUCCAACUGCCUCACCCACAGCAUCAGUUCCAUUAUCAAUGGGCGGUGAGAACAGCGCCUUCCGAGCUUUGCCCAUGACCUUGCCCUCGGCUUCGGCGGCGGCCUUUGCCCUCAGUUUCGCCCGCCAGUACAUAGCCAAAUAUAUGGGCACGCCCAUGAAUCUGGGCCACAAUCCUGGCCCGAAUCGGGAUCAGAAUGAGUCCGGGGAUGAGGAGGAGGAGGUAAUCAACGUGGAGCACGACGCCGAGUGACCAUUUUUCCUAUCGCUUUAAAUCGAGAAUUUAGUGCAAUUUUUACUUAAUUUAUUCAGUUUGUAGCACCGUUUUCAAACCGCGUGCUGAGUACAAAUAAAAUCGAAACGAUGACAUGCGUGCGAUAA